AUGCCAGAGAAGAACAAGAUGACACACAUUCUGUCUCUGCACGACGGCGCCAGGCCAACACUGGAGGGGGUUAAAUACCUGUGCAUACCAGCAGCGGAUUCACCAUCUCAAAACCUGACAAGACAUUUCAAAGAAAGUGUUAAAUUCAUCCACGAGUGCCGCCUGCGAGGUGAGGGCUGCCUUGUUCACUCCCUGGCCGGCGUCUCCAGGAGUGUGAGUCUGGUGGUUGCAUACAUCAUGACGGUCACCGACUUCGGCUGGGAAGGUGCCCUGUGCACUGUGCAUGCAGGGAGGUCCUGUGCAAACCCCAACCUGGGCUUCCAGAGGCAGCUCCAGGAGUUUGAGGAGCACCAGGUCCAUCACUUCCGCCAGUGGCUGAAGGAGGAGUACGGAGAGAGCCCUUUGCGGGAUGCGGAAGAAACCAGAGGCAUUCUGGCCACCCCAGGGAUUCUGAAGUACUGGGCCUCUCUCAGAAGACUGUAAUGUACCUGAAAUAUUGCAAAGCCAGAGUUUGGGUGCUGCCCAGAAGAAAAGCAACCAGAGUUCAUUUUUCAGUGUCCAGAAGUAAUUUGUGAACUCGCCUGUUUUCAUUUUAAACAAUAUAUAUGCAAUUGUGUCAUCAAAAAAAAGAAAAAGAAAACUGGGCUUUAAAUGUUAUGUUUUUAAGGUAUGAGUAACCCAU